CUGGACACGGGCGCGCACACGCGCGCGUGCGAUGAGCCCUGUUACGUCCCGCGCGCGCAAAAGGGGGAGGGUGCCGACGCGUACGGUAGUCAGCGGCGGCGGCGGCGGCGGCAUCGGUAGUACUGUGUGUAAAGCGGCAGCGGCAACACCGGUGUAGUGGUACUGCCGCGUUCCUCGUGCCAUUGUAGUGAGAUAGUUUUUUUUUCGGUGCCCGCGCGUUUGUUUACGCCGCGACACGGAAACGCGUUCGUUCCGGUCCGUCUUUACGUCCGUUACAGUUUCCGAUUUCACUUGCCUACCAGCCCCAUCACCCCGGGCGCGCACUCUUUUCGACCCGACGACCACGUGCCGCCGUUAGCCGCGCGCCACCAGGGACGUUCGGUCGCCAAGCGUUUCCGCGGCGUGCCAUGACAACGACGAGUGCGUCGUCGUUGUUGUUGUCGUCGUCGUCGUCGUCGUCGCCGUUGUUGUUGUUGUUGUUGUUGUUGUCGUCGUCGUCAUCGAACUCGUCACCGCAGACAUGUUGAAGUUGUUGGGCGGCCUCAAGGAGUUCAUCAAGCGGCGGCCGGUGACCGUCGACGGCACCGUGUUUCGCGUGCACGUCACGUUCACCACGGUCGUGUUGCUCGCCUGCUCGAUCAUGGUGACGGCCACGCAGUACGUGGGCAACCCGAUCCAGUGCAUCGUCGAGGGUCUGCCCACCCGGCCGGUGAACACGUACUGCUGGAUCACGUCCACGUUCACCAUGCCGGACGCGUUUCGCCGCGAACAGGGCGUCAGCGUCGCCCACCCCGGCGUCGGUCCCGAACACGGCGGCGGACCCGCCAAGUACUACACGUACUACCAGUGGGUGUGCUUCGCUCUGUUCUUCCAGGCCAUGAUGUGCUACUUCCCCAAGUGGCUGUGGGACAUGCAGGAGGGCGGGCUCAUGUCCACGCUGGUGAUGGGCUUGCAUUUCGGGCUGGGGGCCGAGCAGGAGAGGGAAAACCAAAAAAAGAUACUCGUCCACUACAUGCUGACGCACAUCAAAAAACACACGUGGUACGCGGCCAAGUAUUGGACGUGCGAGUUCAUGUGCCUGGCCAACAUAGUGGUGCAGAUAUACUUUAUGAACCGAUUCUUCGACGGAGAGUUCAUCACGUACGGUCUCCGGGUGAUCGGUAUGUCGUCCGAGCACCAGGACGACCGCGUCGACCCUAUGGUGUACAUAUUCCCCAGGGUGACCAAGUGCACGUUCCACAAGUUCGGUCCUUCGGGCACCGUGGAGAAACACGAUUCGCUGUGCCUAUUGCCGCUGAACAUCGUCAAUGAGAAGACGUACAUAUUCAUAUGGUUCUGGUACGUGAUGCUGUUGCUCGCGCUGGUCCUGAUGGUCGGCCACAGGAUUUUGAUCAUGUACAACUUGAAGGCGAGGAAAAACGCGUUGCGGUACCGCCACUACAGGUUGAUAACCGACGACGUAGCCAAAGCGGUGACGAACAAAGUGUCGGUCGGUGACUGGUGGGUACUGUACAUGCUGGGCAAGAACCUGGAUCCGAUUAUUUACAGAGAAGUGGUGCGUGAAAUCGCGAAAAAAGCCGGCAAUUGAGUCACGGACCGAUUGACAUACAAUUCGACUUCCUCAGCAUCUCCAUGUUCGCCGCCGAGUUACACCGAGAAUACUGGGUCAAAAACCCGGCGUCGAACUUAAUUUUAUUAUUAUAUUUAUUACUAUUCCAUAAGAAAUGAUACUUUUUUUUCCUUUUUUUUUUUUUUUUGUAAUC